GUGGAACUACUUUUUCCUUUAUGACGGUUCAAAGGUUAAGGAAGAAGGAGACCCUACAAGUGCUGGGAUUUGUUAUUUUUAUCCUUCUCAGACUCUCCCCGACCAGCAGGAACUGCUGUGCGGACAGAUUGCCGGUGUGGUGCGCUGCACGGCUGAGAUUUCUGGAGCGCCUCCGACUCUCAUUCGCCUGAGGAAGCUCAAGUUUGCGGUUGUAGUGGAUGGAGACUAUCUGUGGGUGCUGGGCUGUGCCGUCGAGCUCCCCGACAUCAGCUGCAGACGGUUUCUGGAGCAGCUGAUCAGCCUCUUCACCUUCUACAACGGCCCUGUGCACCGUGCGUACAUGAUGUUUUCUAAGGAGGAACUGGGCAGGCAGUGGGACAGAUACAUCGAACAUAUCCAAAAGAACACCAGUGACCUCCACAGGAUUUUCAAUUCUCUCUGGAAUCUGGACAAAACGAAGGUGGAUCCCCUGCUGUUACUGAAAGCAGCUCUCAUCUUGCAAACUUGCCAGCGGUCUCCCCACGUCUUGGCAGGCUGCAUUCUCUACAGAGGCUUGAUUGUGAGCACCCAGCUGCCACCUCCUCUCACUGCCAAAGUUCUCCUCCAAGGCGAUGAGUCUCCGGGCCAGAGGGAGCCUGGAGGCGAGAAGCAGCGAGAGCCUGAUUCUCCCUUACCACAGGGUGUCCAUAUCAUCCCGGUAUUCCUAACAGAAGACGAAGUCUCAGUGCUCCGAGAGUUUCCAGUGGAGUGGAUGACUAGGUCAUCCAUGUCCCCAGCAAGCACUAGAGGAGGCAAGAAUGCUCUCUGCUCCCAGGGGGCUUCAGAACCAACAGGAGUUAAUGAAAAACAAGACCUGAAUAAUAUCUCUGUGCAGGAGUCCCCUGAGCAAGCUUCAAGCGCAGCUGCACCAGAAGGCGCUGUGCAAUCAGGCAGCCUUGCAAACAGUGAUCCUUUGAAGGGCUUCCCCGAAAUGGAAGCCAGUACAAAGAAUUCUCCAACUGCAAAACUGAGCAGACCAGACAGCAAAAGCUCACAGCUUACUGGAAGAGCAUCCUUCCCAUCAGAAAGAGACGCGAAGCAGCUGCCAAGCCCUUCCACACUCCAUACUGCUGAACGUUCUCAAACUGCAGGUCCAUAUCUGGAAGGCUUUUCCUUUCCAAACCCUUACGCCCAGGAGCAGGAGAGUGAGAACGUGGGGAAAUCCCUUGUGGACUCUGAUGUUGAGCAACACCAUUUUCAAAGUUCUCAUGCAGCCAGUGGCAGUCCAGCUAUUUGCUCUCCUGCAGAGCUGGACAGAAGGAAAUCAAGUGAACAAGACGAGCAAGGGACUGUGAGCCAAAAUAAUGUCUCUGGAGAAAGCAAGGGUGCAGCUGGUGACAAUGUGCGGGGUCUGGAUGGUCCAGCCACUGCUGCACAACCAGAGCUCCAAAGCAGGAGUCAGCGGCCAGCUGUAGAGGUUCAGGAGGGUCUGCCCAGUGACACAGCAGAGGACACGCACUGUCCCCGGAGCGGGGAGAGCGGCCGGCCACCUCGGGUGGAUGGUGUGGGAGCCCAGGCUGGCGUGGAGUCAGGCAAACCCUGCACACCAGUGAAGAUGAGCUUGUAUGUUCACUGCCUCAAGGGGCUUGUGCUCUGCCUCUUGGCUGAAGAUCAUCUGCGAGAGGACCAGGGCUCUGUUCAGGAUGUGUACCACAGCAGCCUGGCUUCUCUGAACGGCCUCGAGGUGCAUCUGAGGGAGACUCUGCCCAAAGAUGACUCGUCCUCGGCCAAGACAACCUACAGCUUCACGCACUACGACUGCGUUCAGAACGUGCUCACGGCCAACCUGCCCCACACGCCCGGCCCCCUGGAUCGGCACUUCCUGAGAGCUGCCACGCUGAUCCACGCCGACUUCAGCCAGCUCCCGGCGGCUUCAGAGGUGAUCGUUAGGAACGCCUCCACGGCCGUGUAUGCCUGCCGGAACCCCGUCCAGGAAACCUACUUCCAGCAGCUGGGCGCUCCGCUCCGCAACUCGGGUGUUCCCAACCCUCAUGACAGUGCGUUCAGCCUGCCGAGCAAGGCCAAGCAGAAGCUGCUGAAGCACGGCGUGAACCUGCUCUGA